AUGAGUUCUCCGACCAAAGACAAAAGUCGCGCCUCAGGCUCUGAGGGGACAAUGAAAUCCUCCUCGCAAGACUCCACGCAAGAGUCUAGCUUGAUCCGUGACGGGUCAUCGAAGUCACCAGUCAUGCGCCACUUGUCACCGCCGCCAACUGCACUGGAAGACAUUUCACCCGAACUCUCACAUGUCAUCGACGAGUGGAGUGGCCAGGAUUCCCCCUUCAGUCCUCAAGACUCUCAAGAUUUUGAAGCGCGUGUUAUGAAAAAUGAGUUCGAUGUCCACAGUCUGGGGUACGUGACCUCUUUGCCAGAGAUCGAAGACGAGCUCAAUGCUGACACGGAGUCAUAG